GAAGACAAAUGACACAGCGUUCGAUUUGGAUGCUUCCAUAUUUAUUUCCCUAGAGGUGCUUUUUAAGCCCCUCAAAUGGUACAUAACCAGGCAUUGGUUGACAAUUCUGAUGUAAUCAUAGUUGGUUUAUAAACACGCGGAUUGUUUUUCGUAAAUUCUGUCUUUGAGAGCAGAUCCCGAUUCGUUUUCCAAGAGCAAUUUGGUAAUUAUACUUGCAAUAUUUGCCAUACAUAAAAGCAAGAAUGAAAGUCAGUGCUGAAAAUAGAAUAGUACUUUUAAUAUCUUUAUUGAUAACCUACUAUCUUGACCAUAGCUGAAGAACAAGCAUAAAGAUGUUGGGAACUCUUCUAAAUUAAUAUCUUUCAGACAUUCAUGCAAAACUGCGGAGCUCUAGAAGUGCCAUAACGAUUUGUUGAGAUCCUGCAAUACUCUUUCUUGGGAUGACGACAUCGUAGAGGUAAGAUGUCGACAUCCUGAGAUAAUUUUUUUUGGGGGGAUGACGACAUCCCAAGAUAUUUUAUCAUGGAUGACGACAUCGUAAAAGUGGAAUAAUGACAUUAUUUGUGAAUGGGUGCAUCAUGACAAACCAUCUUGAAAAAGCACAGGUGACCUGAAGUGCUCCUGUCUUUUAAAGCAUUUUCUUUCUAUUGCCAUAUAUGAUAUUAAUUAGAAUGAUAAAACGUCAUGAUGCAUCACCGCUUGUUACAAGCAGUGAAGUAGGCCUAGACAUCACGUUUGCUGGGUGUCUCUGGAUGCCAACAUCCUGAGAUAAUGAUUACCUCAGGAUGUCGUCACCGAACUUUUAGGAUGUCGUCAUCCCGUGAUAAAUUAUCUCAAGAUGUCGACAUCUCUCGUUUAUUGUGGCCUCAUCCUGAAAAAAUAUGUCAGGAUCUCAACAAUUCGGAUGGCACUUCCAGAGUUCCGUACAAAACUACACCCCAAAGCACGACAUUUAUCAAAAAUUAGUUUAAAACGCUAGUGUAAAGGAUGAAAAAUGACAAUAUUACAUGUACCUGACAACAGAAAGAGAUGCCUUUGUCGGUCAAUGCUGCGAAAUUCACUACCAUACUGACCAUUACCUAGAUAAGACUACAGUAAACAUGUAUAUAUCCGAGCAAUAAACUUGGAAAAAAAACUAUUGUUUCCCAUCAAACCGAUUUUUUUCCUCAAAUAGAAACAAGCUUUCUGAAAACAUCUCGUAAAAGCGAACUGAAAAGUAUAUCUCUCGAAAAAACGAACUCUGGAAACAUACCUGUACAUGAGUAUCUCACACACUAAUUUUUAACAUUGCAGAUAGGCUUAUUUUUAUGAAACAUUCAGUUAACAUUUGGCGUGGCUUUAUUUAAAGUUGAACCACGAUAUAGUAAAAGUUGAGUUCGACGUUUGGAAGUAAAACUGGAACAUUUGAAAAAUGAUGUUUGGCUGUCAGUUUUAGAACACCAUACCAUUGGCUUUUGUAUAUAUCCUAUUAAGUUGGCUGAGAAAGAAAACAAAAACUUUAAACAGUUUCAUUUUGAAUCAUCAGUCAGCUGUGAUGCGCAUGGGGGAAACCAUUGCCUCUCCCAUCCCCAGAAAAAAGAAACAGCACACCGUAAAAUAAUAAAGGGUUCAAAAGAUUUUGGCACCGCAUAAUAGGAUCAUUGGAUAUUACAGGAUACCGCUGCAUUGUAAUGAGCCGUCAAGGCGGUGCGCCCUCCAUUCAAUAAUAAUCGAAUUUUAUCUCCGCCCCAGUGGUUGGUUUGUUUGGUUUUUACUGAGUGCCAAACGGCUGUUUGAGUGUAUGAGAUCAAAAUUAGGCGAAAUCAAUGUCCAUAUUGUGAGUUUUGUUUUUUAUAUUUCUGGCCUUUGAAGAAAACCUGAAUUUCUAAUCCGAAAGGGUGCUAAUGUCCAUAGACAUAAAAUAAAGGUUUUAAUUGUCUUUAUCAUUAUUCAUGGAGCAAAUAAUAGUCAAACAUACAACAGCCGUUUGGAAAAUUAAUUUCAAGCAAUCAAACGAAACACGUGCGGCAGGUUCUCUUUGGCUGUAGACGCACGCUUGAGUGACAGCUGAUGAACUGAUUUUGCAGGGCAAUCUUACAGAAAGAAGGCAGUGGUUGGUUGGCACAGUCCCGGCAUUGGGCUCCAUGCUUAGUUCCACCAAUCUGUAGCCGGCUCCACUGUCUCACUCAGUCCCAAACCUGCAACGUUCAGUUGACAAGCCAUUAUCUUGUCCAUUAUCUCGUUUUAUUUGACAACGCUGAGGGCCAAAAUGUUGGACGGCAGCCUGACGUCAUGCACUCGUACUUCGCACUCUGCUGAUACCGCGGGCGAGCUGCGGUUGUGCGGUACGGGGUAGGUGUGAUUCAACUACUCGCACCCUGGAAAAUUGUAAACAGUUUGCAUCGAAACAUCGAGUUAGUCACAUGAGAAGUUACUCGCCAUCAAGAUGCGUUGUAAGCUGAAAAGAAUUGCCUCCACCUUGCUUUUUGGACUGGCCUGCUCCAUCAUCACGGCACUACACAUCUCCAGCAAGCAGCUUUCGAAUGGAAAGUCGCCAGAGAGCAGGGAUCGGUCCAGACACCGGGACCAGGAACUUGCCGGCCACGAGAUGGAGCCCGCCGUCGUCCAUCCCAGGCCCGUGAAACAACAGCAGCAAGACUCCUUGGGUGUCAGAUUACAACGCGAGAUGGCGUGGGCCGUGGAUGACACAGGUUCAGAUUUGGUGAACUUACAACAACAACGACCUAAGAAAGUUGACAAUGACAGCCAAGUGUGGAUGAAACAUUCUGGUCUUGUGGCCCCUGCCAAUCCGUUAGACACAAGGAAGGCAAUACAGAGUCAAACAGGCAGCCAGCCCAGCCAAACUGUCCAAGUUGUGAGAAAUUCACAAAAAGUGGACCGGGGAAUAAAUUCUUCAAAUCUCUCCCGGACUGAGCUGGAGGAUAUUUUUAUCGGGGUCAAAACAACAGGAGCCUACCACAAAACCCGAGUGCAACUUAUUCUAGACACCUGGCUGCCGCUAGCUCAAAAACAGACCUAUUUCUUCACUGACCAAGAUGACCCUCAUUACCAACAAGUAUUAGGAGACCACUUGAUAAAUACCAAAUGCCCAGCUCUUCACUCUAGGCAGGCUCUGUGCUGUAAGGUGGCUGUAAUAUACGACACAUUUUUAGAAUCGGGAAAAAGGUGGUUUUGCCACUUGGACGAUGAUAACUACCUCAAUGUGUUGAACCUAUUGCAGCUAUUACAAAGCUACAACCACCAGCAAGACCUGUACCUAGGUAGGGCCAGCCUCUCCCAUCCCAUACAGGCACUGGACAGGGAUAAAGGAUAUGUGAGUAUCUCACAGUGGCCUAAACCUCCUCUUGGACAAUUUCCCUGCUACAGUCCUGGACAAAAUAGUUGGAACAGCUUGUGGGCAGCACGGUGAAAAGAUGCCCCCUCU